UUGUAUGCGAAGCUUACGGAACUGGAGCAGAAGGUGGCGGAUGGAAUGCAGUUGCCUGUCGGUGCAGCCGAGUUCGCUGAGAAAGCCAGGAAUUCGAAACUUGAAGAAACACUGCAAACGAAGGAGACUAUUUUGAACAGUUUGAAGAAGGAAGCGAAAACGUCAAUGCUGAUUCUAGAGCAGAAUAUUGGGGUUGAGAAUCUUGAGGAGGAGUUCAGAAAGGUUUAUUUCCUGCUAAUAUUUUGUUGGUGGUCAUAG